AUGAAUCCGAUUGUCAAAGAUGGACUAAAAAUUGUGUGGAAAGUUGAGAAUGUUGAUUCAUUGGAUGCGAAUGGAAAAUACAGCCCGGAAUUGGUCACCGAUAAUUUUAAAUGGUGAAUUUAGUUAUAAAUUGAACAAUUCGACAUGUUUUUACAGGAAACUCGCUGUUCAAACGAAAGAAAUCAAUAAAAUCAAGUAUCUCGCACUUUAUUUCUACUCUGGAAAUGAAAAAAUCAAGUUGGUUGGCAGAAGUGAACCGUGUAUUCAAAGUCUUCGAUAA